AUGGCUUUACCACUAAAUAUGACAUUAACAGUUUCAUGUAACAUAUCCGAAGAAGAUUCAGGACCAACAAUUGUUCACAGUACAGGUGUCCAAAAUUAUCGUAUUCAUCCUGGGCUUAUUCAAAUUUUACAAGGCGCAUUUGGAAAUGAAAGAUUACGUGAUCAUAAAGAAGGUGUUGAAUGUGAUGAUCCACCAGCACAGGUUGUUGAAGCAUUUAGAAAUGCUGGGUUUUCUGUACAAGGUACAUCAGAAUCUAGUAAUCGUAAAAUAUGGAUGUUAACAAAAAAAAGUGGAGAUGGUAAUGAUGGUGGCGGUGACGGAGGCGAGCCAGAACCAGAACCAGAACCUGAACCGGAACCCGAAGAAGAUGAAGGAGAAGAGUAA